AUGACAAGGAAUCUUCUACAGCAAAUUCUACUCGCCAUUCUCUUCAUCAUCGGUUCUACUUCAGCGGAAGAGUCUUCAGCAUCCUGCACCUCAAGUCCCUGCAUCAACGGCGUCUGCAGAGCUGAAGAAGUAGAAGUGGAAGCAAAUUCCAAUUCCAGUUCUUCAGUUCUAAAUGACACCGCAAAUGGUGGAUACCGGUGCAUCUGCCAGCCAGGAUUCUGCGGCCGAUUCUGCGAGGAGGAGGUGGACGACUGCGCCUCGGCGCCCUGCUUCAACGGGGGAAUGUGCCUCGACCGCCACCUCGCCUUCACCUGCCUCUGUCCGCCCGGGUAUCUGGGAGACCGCUGUGAGGUGGACGUGGACGCCUGCUCUGAAGAAUUUCUCCAGCAAAACGCUUCAUUCCUAAAAAACAUUAGCCGCCACUGCGAAAACGGCGGCCUCUGCGUCGACGGCCCGAACCUCUCCUACAGCUGCAAGUGCCCGAGAGGUUUUGAGGGGAGCCGAUGUGAAGAAGUAGUCGACUAUUGUCUUGAAAACCGUUGCCAAAAUGGCGGCCGCUGCGAGAGCGCCCUGGGAAGCUUUCGCUGCAUCUGCGCCUAUG